ACGGAGAAUCGCAUAAUUUCACAGCGGCCGUGGCUGCGACUGUAGGAACUUGGCCACUGGCUCUUUAAAGGGAUAGUUUGAUGUAGCAUCUGCCGAUUACACAGACUCCAAACCCCGCCUUCUCGAAAGUGACAUCUAUUCAUGCCAUUAGGACACGGCGCGGCUCAGUAACCAAAUUGUUUUUGGAAGGGGUCUUUGGGGAUUUCGGACCGAAACAGUGACGCCGAGCUGAAUCAAAACGCGCCUAUCUAAGCAAAUGGACUAACGUGAGCAAUCCUAUGGGAUUCUACUUCUAUCCGAACUGUCGUUUUCGGAGCGGUCUUAUUUUGGUCUACAGCGUUCUACCACCCAACACCGUGGGAUUUUAUACUGGAUACCCUGCCAAAGUUCAACCGGAUACCUCCAAUGGCUAGUAGUACACGCCGUAUCGAUCUCGUUUUUCUUUGACAGCUAUGUUUUUACGGGAUGCCCAAGUGAGUUUCUUCUUCCUGUGACACACCCAUUCAUCUCUGAAGUAGCCCAAUUUGUGUAUGGUCAAAAAAAUGAAACAAGAUUGACCUGCUGGUACGGUCUCCCUCCAGCACAAUAGCGGUACAAAGAUGUCUUCGUUGGGGGCGUCUGGGGUCUGCGAUGUGUCACUCAAAGACCUGCCGUUGGACAACUGGAUGGCACAUCUGCCCAGUGCGCUGUGGGACAUACCACUCUGUAACCUAUCCAUCCCAGGGAGCCAUAAUGCAAUAACCUACUGCCUUGAUAAGAAUGACCGCUCUCCAGUGGACCUCCGGCAGCCAGACAUGCUGCAGAAGCUGGACAAGUACAUGAAGCCACUCAUCCGGCCCUUUGUUUACAAGUGGGCCAUAGCACAGGAGUGCAGUGUGACGGAGCAGCUGGAUGGAGGAGUGAGAUACUGUGACCUCAGGAUAGCCCAUAGGCCCAACGACAGCUCUAGUGACCUCUACUUCUACCAUGGAGUCUACACCACCAUCACAGUGGAGACGGUGCUGAAGGAGAUCCGUGAGUGGCUGGACCUGCACCCCAAGGAGAUCGUCAUCCUGUCCUUCAGCCACUUCCUGGGCCUCAACCCCGAACUCCACAACCUCCUCAUCGCCACAAUCAAGAAUGUCUUUGUUGCAAAGCUGUGCUCAAAAACGGAGCCAGUGACACUGCGCAAUCUUUGGAGCAAAGGACUGCAGGUCAUCAUUUCCUACGAGCACAACGUAGCCAACUGCCACGGGGACCUGUGGUCCCACAUCCCCUACUGGUGGGCCAACAAAUGCAAAGCAGAGGCCCUGAUAGAGGAGUUCGAGAGGCGGAAGCAGAACGGACGACCAGGUGGGUUCUUUGUCACGGGUAUCAAUCUGACAGAGGACCUAAAAUACAUCUGCUCGCACCCCACGGAGUCUCUGAAGGACAUGGUCAUGUCCACCUACCCUCCGCUGCUGGCCUGGGUCAAAGAGCAGAGGCCCGGAUCCAACACCGGCUCAAUCAAUAUCAUCGCUGGAGACUUUGUCACUGAGAGCCAGUUCGUACCGACAGUCAUUGCACUGAAUGGAAAGCUACUGAAACGGACCUCCUGAAAAAAAAAAACAAUACGCAGUUGACUUUAGUUCGAUUUGCACAAACAACAUAUCAUUUUAUUUUUAUUUUUAUUUUUUUAAGCAUGUAAUAGAGAAUGUGAGUUUUUUUUCUUGGAAUGCAUUUUUUUCAAAGCAUUCUGACUGAAUUUGAGAGGACGAAUUUGCACUCCUUAAAUGCUGAUGUUUUUUUCCAGGGUUAACUGAAGUUAUGCACUGUUUUUUUAUUACUAUUAUUACACAAUUAACUGUCACUAUAUUCUUACUGUACAUGCAAUGUCCUACUACUUCAAGCAGAACAUUAGGAAGUCAUUCUGUUAUUACUUCACAGACCUUCACAGGAAAAUGGUCCCUGUUUCUUCUUCAGGGCACUGUGAUUGGUGUGGUAUUUGUGAGAACCAGGUACAGUUACAAUGCACUGACAGACUUCAUGAUGUGUGAUGGUAGAAUAGCUGAGUUCAUUCGUUUUGAAGCACAAUUUGUUCCCUUUUUGGUCCUCCGUGGCACAAUGUGAUCCCUUUAAGCACAGACGUAUAGGGUGGAAGUAAAACUAGUUUCUCCCAUC